AUGUACGGCGGCUUUAUUACGCCACCUGAUGACGCCGGCGCUCACUUUGGAGUCCUGUUCUGGCACAAAGAUGGCUUUUCCACUGCGUGUGGGCAUGGAACCAUUGCUCUAGGGUACUGGGCCGUCGCUAAGAAAUUGGUUCAAGUGCCGGAAAAUGGGAACGUUGAUGUAGUAAUCGAUGUCCCGUCCGGUCGGGUAGUGGCUAAGAUGACUAUCAUGGACGGAAGACCAGUUCAUGCCGACUUUAUCAACGUCAAGAGCUAUCAGAUUGCCAAAGACCUUUCCGUUACAGUUCCUUCGAGGAAUAUCGAUGUGCAGGUCAACUUGGCUUUUGGAGGGGCUGUUUACGCUCACGUAAACGGUGCUCAAUUGGGCCUGUCUGUGUCACCCAGCCAGCACAUGGACUUCAUCAACAUUGGAAGAGAGAUCAAAGCAGCGCUUGGCAAAAGAGCACAUUACGGGGAAUACGACUUGUACGGUGUGAUAUUCUACAAUGAAGAAGAAGAUGGAGGUUCUGGUGGGAUCCGACAAAGAAAUGUUACCGUUUUUGCAGAUGGCCAGAUUGACCGCUCGCCCUGUGGCUCUGGCACAGCUUCAAGAAUUGCAGUUCUUCUUGCAGAGGGGAAGUUGAGUGCCGGGAAAGAUAUCGUCUCCGAAGAAGCGAGUCCUGUGGGAUUUCCUGCCUGUAUACCUCGUGUUAGAGGGACAGCUAAUCUGGUCGGGCGGAUGAGCUUCUUCAUUGACCCUGCUGACUCCGUGUUCCCCGGCUUCCUCUUGCGGUAG